GAGAGAAGGGAGUGAGAGGGAUGGUCAUAGAAGUUACAGAGAAAGCUACUUUAGUUUAGACUUCGAAGCUCGCGAAAUUUCAAGUUCAAUUUCCCUCUAUGAUUCAUCGCCGGGCUCAAUCCAGUAUAAUCAUCGUCUUUUGUCUUUGUUUUUCCCAUUGAAGCCAAAAUUCUCUCUCUCCAAGAUAUUUGCUUCCGUACCAGCAAAUCAAACCGUGUUUUUCACUCUAGAAUAGAUUUGGUUAAGUAAUUUUCGUCCUCUGCGAUGUUUCUAUCGUUCGCUUUCGGAUGCGGAUCGUCGCGAACUUCGAUGGAGUUUGGAUUUCUUGAAUUUCUCUCCGCUUUUUUUCGUGGCUUCUUCUGAAUUUAGCGCUCGUUUCUGCUAAAGAGCUACGUGAUUAACAACCAAUUGCUUUGAUCGUGCUUUCUGGAGAUUGUUGGAUUUCUUCCUGCCGUAUACAGAAUAAAAUCAGGUCACUCGUUUUAAUCUUAGUUUUUUAGUCAUUAGCCGCUCAUUUGGCAAAUUGCGUUUUCGGUUUCCUCUCUUUUUAUUGUAUCAGCUUUUUUACGACUUUUUGAUCAAAGAAAUAAAUAUUUUCUGAACCUGUAAUUCGAAGUGUCUGGUCCUUUUGGUCGCUAAUUGUCUUGUUUAGAUGUCAAUUCUAGAGGAAGCAUGCUGUAGACAGUAGUAUUAGCCAUAUCAACUGGAAUCAGCUAUCAUUUUCACGUAGAACUCUUCCUAUUUUCUCCCGCUUCUUUAGGUCAUCAUUCUGAACAUCUUUUCUUUAUACUUCUCUGGAAGAUCUCGGUCAAGUUUAAGAAGCCAAAAUACCGAUCAGUCAAUAGCCAGUCCAACUUCAUAAAUUUUGUUCUGUUUGUAGAACCCAUUCGUUAUACUUAGCAAGUAGGUACAGGGAGGAGUUCGUAAAUACGAGUGUUACGACUCAAUGGACGGUAGUUUAUAGAAAAUUAGAAAAAGAACGGGAAAUUAAGAGAAAGAAGAUUGGUUGGAGUGUGUUUUCUGAUUCCACAUGGUUGUUGAUUUCUGUCUUUCUUCCUGUCAGAUGGGGGAUUGCGAAUCAAUUUUACCAGCCUCUGAAGGAGAGCAUCAUGUCAUAGCUGCAUUUCAGCACCUAGUCAGGGUAUUAGGGGCAAGUCAAAACGUGAAUGAUGAGGUUAAAAGGCUCCUUAACGAUCUUGAUUCUCAUUUGACUUCCAUGACUCAGUAUACUCAUUUAGAGAUUGGAAAAUUGAGCGAGUUGGAAAAGAAGUUCAAAUCUGCUGAGGAGAAGAUUAGGAGAUGGGAAUCUAACAAAUCCAUAAUAUGGGAUUCUGGUCCCAUGGAAGCUUGUGAAUAUAUGAAGGCUGUUGGUGAGAUUCAUAAAGUUCAGGAAGGUCUAAGAAGUUUGCCCGUAAAUGACAGUCGGAAGCAAAAGGAACUUCUUUUCCAAGCAGACUCUGUCAUGCAGAUCGCAAUGGCAAGGCUAGAGCAGGAGCUAGUUCACAUUCUUGCUCAACACAAACUAUAUUUCGAGCCCGACUACAUUCCCUUCCAGUCUGGUGGGUACGAUUUUGUGUAUAACGAGUCCUUUGCUUCAGCUGAGGACAAUUUGGGGGAGGAAACUUCCCAGGGGGAGAGCGUUGCUGCUGUCUAUGUUGUAAACUUGGUCCAUCCACACGUGAUCCCCCAUCUUAAAUCCAUUGCAAAUGUUAUGUUUACUUCAAAUUAUAUUCAGGAAUUCUGCAAGGCUUUUGUUAAUACGCGGAGAGAUGCACUGGAUGAGUAUUUGUUCGUUCUGCAAAUGGAAAAGUAUAGCAUCGGUGAUUUGCUAACCAUGAACUGGGAUAUCUUAAACGUGAAGAUCAAGAGAUGGGUUUGUGUUAUUCAAAUCAUUAUUCGAGUCUACCUUGCUAGUGAGCGAAGGCUAUGUAACAAUAUAUUCGAAGGAAUUGGAUCUUAUAGUUCAGCCUGCUUCACUGAUAUUUCAGCAACUUCUAUGUUCCGCCUGCUGAACUUCGGUGAGGCCAUAGCUAUGACCCCUCGUCGACCAGAAAAGCUGUUUCGCUUGCUUGACAUGUAUGAGGUCCUGGAAAAUCUUCUCGUGGAUAAGGAUGCAUUAUUUCCGGAAGACUCAGAAACAGGUUCUUUUCUUAAAUCUGAGUUUCAUAAUCUUUUCAAGAAAUUAGGUGAUUCUGCAAGGGCUACGUUCGUGGAUUUUGGAUAUCUCAUUUCAUCUUCCAUAUCAACAGACCCUUUUCCUGGUGGUGGUGUUCAUCAUCUAACAAAGUAUGUGAUGAACUACAUCAAGACCCUUACUGUUUAUAGAGACUCGCUAAUUUUCCUUCUCCAAGACAAAGUAGCAGACAACUUAAGUCCAGAUUCUGAACUGCAUAAUGAGAACAAUGUGCACUGUCCAAUGGCUUACCACCUUCAGUCAAUCGCUUCACAUUUAAUAUCCAAUCUGAAUAACAAAUCCAAGUUGUACAGGGAUGAUGCUGCUCUACGACAUGUCUUUUUGAUGAAUAACAUCCAUUAUGUGGUUCAAAAAGUUGGAGGCCCUGAACUCCGUCUCUAUUUUGGAAAUAAGUGGAUGCGAGAACAUACGAAAACGUUUCAGAACCAUGCUACUUUAUAUAUAAGAGUAACCUGGCAGUCGGUUCUUUCUGUGCUCAAGCAUGAUGGUAAAGGAACAAACAUUUCGAAGGCAGAUUUCAAAGAGAAGUACAGGGCCUUCACUGUAGCCUUUGAGGAGAUAUAUAAGAACCAAACUGGAUGGAAUGUCCCAGAUCCUGAUCUGCGUGAUGACCUGCACAUUCAAACGUCAAAUUGUGUAAUUCAAGCAUAUCGCACUCUAUGCGAAACAAGGUCACCAUUCAACCGAGAAAAGUACAUCAAGUAUACCCCCGAUGAUCUGGGCAAGCAUCUGCUGGACCUCUUCCAAGAUUCACCAAGGUCGUUGCAAAGUUCACGCAGGAGAUGAAACUUGCUGCUGGUUAUGAUCUUAGGCUUCAUUUGUCCCUUUCCACGUUUAUGUUUUCCUUUUCUCGUUGUUCUUUUUAUGAACUUGCUAAUUAUAGAAGAUACCCGUUUGAUAGUCAUACAUGCGUAAUACUCUAGCUUAUAUACCAAUAGCAACAGAACCUAUUCGUUUAUACUGAAUGUCCAUUCAACUUUGUAAUACUCCUAUCAGUGAGAUUGUUUACCCUUUGUAUUCUUUCAUCUAGCUAUCCAUUUCGUAAAUGAAAAGUCACUAAUAUUGAUCAUCAUCUA